GUUUCUUAUUUCUUAUUGUCGCACACAAAUUUUCAAUAGAUCGGAGAACAUAAAUUCAACGUUUUCAAGAAUAUGCAAAAAUAUGCAAAUCCGGAGACGGAAUUCCCCGAGGCAUACAGGCUAUGCAAACUCUUCAAUCUCACGCACGACAAUCUGAUCAGCAUCAGGAAUAGCAUAUCGCGUGAGAUAAUUGCCGGUCUGGGCAGCGAGACACAUCAUCGAUCGUCGGUGCCCUGUUUCCUCAGCUAUGUCCAGAACUUGCCCACUGGACGGGAGCGUGGUCGCUUCUUGGCCCUGGAAAUGUGGCCCACCAACUGCCGGAUUAUGCUGGUCAAGUUCGGCAGUGAGAAGGAUGUCUAUAUGAGCUCCAAGUGUGUGAUCGUGCCACACACGGUUGCCGGUGCCCGUGGCACACAGUUGUUCGAUUUCCUUGCCGCCAACAUUGCGAUCUUUGUUAAGGAAAAGAAGGUGGAAAAGGAAAACCUGCCGAUGGGCAUUGCCUUUGCCUUCGCCUUGAAUAAACUGGCCCUGGACGUGGGCGUUUUGGUGGCCUGGACAAAAGGCUACGGCGCCAAGGGAGCUGUGGGUAAGGAUGUGGUGCAGCUGCUUCGCAAUGCUCUGGCCCGGCACAAGGACAUCUCUGUGAACUUAGCGGGCAUCGUCAACAUAUCCGCGGGAUCCCUAAUGGCUUUAGCCUGGUCCCAGACCAACUGCAAGAUCGGCCUAAUCAUUGGAACUGCCACAAAUGCCGCCUACGUGGAGCAGAGUGCGGAAUGCGAAUUGUACGAGGGACCGGCCGACUUGCCACUGAUGAUCAUUAACACGGAAUGGGGCAGAUUUGGGGGCAACGGUCAUUUGGAUUUUAUGCGUAAUGAAUUUGAUAAGUUGGUCGAUGCAGACUCCAGUAAUCCGGGUCAGAAGUAUUUCGAAAAGUGCAUCAGCACUCUAUAUCUGGGCGAGCUGGUGCGGCUCAUGAUUGUGAAGCUCAUGAACAUGGGAGUCAUGUUUAAGGGGUACAGCCAGGACUACAUUGGGAUACACUGGAAGAUGGAAAUGAAAUCGUUGAUAGCGGUCGAAUCAGAUCCCCCAGGCAUCUAUGUGACGGCCCAAGAAGUAAUGGACAAGUUCAAGAUGCGCAACUGCGAGGAACGAGAUCUGGCCAUGCUCAGGUACAUCUGCCAAACGGUCACAGAUCGUUCCGCCAAGCUUGUAGCUGCCGGCUUAGCCGCCUUGAUCAAUCGGAUGAACUAUCAUCAGGUAUCGAUUGCCGUUGACGGUGGCAUUUAUCGCUUGUUUCCCAGAUACCAGGAGGUGCUCAAUCAGCACACACUCCUCCUGGCCAAUCCAGCCAAUCAAUUUGAAAUCGUUGUUGCCGAGGAUAGUCCUGGUGUCGGAGCUGCCAUUGUGGCCGGCCUGGCCGUUUCCUUAGCACAACCGAAUAGAUGAUACCCUU